AGCUCAAAUAUAGGGGCCCCCCAGUCGCCUGCUUGCCUGCCUGCUGCCUGCCCUCUGCCCUAACUCUGUCCGCAGAAUCUCCCGCCAGCCGCAAAGAUGGAGGCCAUCAAGAAGAAGAUGCAGAUGUUGAAGCUGGACAAGGAGAACGCCAUCGACCGAGCGGAGCAAGCCGAGGCGGACAAGAAGGCAGCGGAGGACAAGUGCAAACAGGUGGAGGAUGAACUGGUGUCUCUGCAGAAGAAGCUCAAAGGCACAGAGGACGAGCUCGACAAAUACUCCGAAGCCCUCAAGGAUGCUCAGGAGAAGCUGGAGAUGGCAGACAAGAAAGCCACGGAUGCAGAAGGGGAUGUGGCUUCCCUGAACCGCAGGAUCCAGCUGGUGGAAGAGGAAUUGGAUCGGGCCCAGGAGCGCCUGGCUACCGCGUUGCAGAAGCUGGAGGAAGCCGAAAAGGCGGCCGAUGAAAGCGAGAGAGGCAUGAAGGUGAUCGAAAACAGAGCCAUGAAGGACGAGGAGAAGAUGGAAAUUCAGGAGCUGCAGCUGAAGGAAGCCAAACAUAUCGCAGAGGAGGCCGAUCGCAAAUACGAAGAGGUUGCACGGAAACUGGUCAUUCUGGAGGGAGAACUGGAAAGAGCGGAGGAGCGAGCCGAGGUUUCUGAAUUGAAGUGCAGUGACCUUGAGGAGGAACUGAAGAACGUCACCAACAACCUCAAGUCGCUUGAAGCUCAGUCGGAGAAGUACUCUGAAAAAGAGGACAAGUACGAAGAGGAAAUCAAGGUUCUGACCGACAAGCUGAAGGAGGCUGAAACGCGCGCCGAGUUCGCAGAGAGAACGGUUGCCAAACUGGAAAAGACGAUCGACGACCUGGAAGAAAAAGUUGCUCAGGCGAAAGAAGAGAACCUGACGUUGCACCGGACGCUGGAUCAGACCCUCAGCGAGCUCGGCAGCAUAUAACUCCGCGCCGGAAAAAGCACCCGGACUUCGGGAAGCCGAGAGGAUCCUGCCAAAAAUAGCGGCUUCCUCUUUGAAUCCACAUCUCCUCUCCUGCUUUCUCUCUCUUGUCUUCCCCACCUUUCAGAUCACACAAAAUGCCAACCUUCUCUUAUCCUCCCUCUUUCCCCCUUUAAGCAUUGAGGUUUUGGGCACCAACUGAAUGUAGUUUAUUUUUUGUACGUUCGUAAUCCUCUGCGGCAGAACGUUGCGAAACCAGGAAAGCUGUGCGCCAAGGCAUCUGUUUCCCGCAGGGCUGCUCCGAAGGUGUUAACUUCUCUCAAUAACUGGAAACGCACAUGUUUUGUGCACAACCGAGCAGGGAGCACGGGCCCAGUUGAGGCGACAGGGAAGCGGAGCUCAUGGCGGUAGUUAGCGUCAUUUUCUUAGCUGCCGUUUCUGACUGCAAUCGCAAAAGGGCGGAAAACUCUCUUGCAGAAGCGCAAAGUUUAUGCAGAAAGCCCGCAACGUUCCGCCGGAAGACGGCUUUCUUUCGCCGUCUUCCUCGUUUACAGAAAGUUCGUAAAACUAGAAACUUACACAUUCCAUGGGAAGGCUAGAUGCACUGGCUUCCUAGUUUACAGAGCUGUGCCAAAAUACUAUUUCUUUGUGUGUGUGUGUGUUUUGUCUCCUUGAACAUCUUGAGAAGCAGACCAAAAAAAGCAGAAGUCAUUUCCCGUUGGCCAAUCUUAGGCUGCUCUGACGGGGAAACGCCGGCUUCUGCACUUCUGUAUUUAUUAAUUUUUUUGCGAGGGUGGAAGGAAGGGAAGCGGGCAACAUGAAUUCAACCACCCAAUCCCUCUAAAUGUAUCCUGUUAACAUGGCAAUAGCUUUUUUUUUUAUUUUUAAGCUUUUCAUCUAAUAAUAAAACCUUUCUCUCCCCUAUA